AUGCUGAGAUCUAUUAUUUGUUUUGGUCUUCUACUUCUUUUGCUGGAAUGUUCGGAGGCAGCUUUUAACUGCUCAGCGCCGCCGAAUUUCAAUAAUUUCGAUAUUAACACUUGCUGUCGCACUCCGGAAUUGGAUAUGGGAGAUGUGCCCCAAAAGUGUCACAAAUAUGUGAGUGGAUUGAACUCGGCGAACUCCAAAUAUCCCAGCUUUGCUCAUCUUUGCUAUCCAGAUUGUAUCUAUAGGGAAACGGGAGCCAUGUCGAAUGGAAAAAUAAGAAUGGAAAGGGUUAAGCAGUAUUUGGAAGAGCACGUUCAUCGGCGUGACCAGGAUAUGGUUACCCAAAUAGUGCGCUCCUUUGAGUCCUGUCUGUCCAACGUUAAAGGCCACAUGAAGUCCUCGAAUAUAGAGUCGUAUAAAGUUCUGCCCCACGGCUGUUCACCCUAUGCCGGAAUAAUUUAUAGCUGUGUGAAUGCCGAGACCUUUCUCCAUUGUCCCCCGAAAAUGUGGAAAAACGAGAGACCCUGCAAUUUGGCCAAGGAAUUCGCUGAACAGUGCAAUCCACUACCCCAUGUUCCACUGCCCAGCAGCUAA